GGUAACAAGUCUCGCUUCCACUCUCUCUCCAUCUCCUCCCAUUUUUCUUCCUCUUCUCUCUCUCUCGCUCUCCCGUCCUUCUAGGGUUUCGUUGAUCGCAUUCAAAUUUUUCUCUUUUCAUCUCAAGAAUCUCUAAUUUAUCCAAUUUUGUAAAAUCCGUGUAUCAAUCAGAAGAAAUGGAUUCGAAUUCAUGGAUCAGUUGUCCUUCCGUUUUCUCAUCAUCUUCUUCGAGACGGUGUCAAUCUCGAUCAGAUUUGUAUUUAGGUGGAGGGUACGAGGAUCUCGAAGGAGAAGACGAUCUGAAGGCGGAGUUUAUCUGCCCAUUUUGUGCAGAAGAUUUUGACAUUGUCGGGCUGUGUUGUCACAUUGACGAAGAGCAUCCUGUCGAGGCCAAGAAUGGGGUGUGUCCUGUAUGCACAAAGAGGGUGGGAUUGGAUAUCGUUGGCCACAUUACGACGCAACAUGCAAAUUUUUUUAAGGUGCAGCGAAGGAGAAGGUUGAGAAGAGGUGGAUAUAGCUCUGCUUAUCUCGCCUUGAAAAAAGAACUCCGGGAAGCAAACUUACAGUCACUUCUUGGUGGAUCUUCAAGUUUCACUUCUUCAACCAAUAUAGAUUCUGAUCCGUUGCUGUCGUCUUUUAUGUUUAGUUCUCCUUCAGCUAAUGAGUCUGCGAGCAAAUCUGCUACACCUUUGACCAAAGGAACCUCCGCUACAAAAAUCUCGCAAAAGGAAUCUCUCAAAAGAGACAUUCGAGAAGCUACACUCUCAGGCGAAGAUCAAGAGAAGGCGAAAAAGAGUGAGUUUGUGCGAGGUUUGUUGUUGUCAACCAUGCUUGGAGACGAAAUCUAAUAUCCGAUAAGGCACUGUCUUAUUGAGGAAUCUGAGGUUGAAACUGUUAGAAUGGUCUCAGCGUAUGAUGCAAAACCUUGUAAGUUGAGGGGGGAGCAGAGUUAAAUCCGUAUAUUAUUGUCAUUGUACCUUGGAACCUUUAUAUGUGUAUAAACGGAAACAAAGUACUUUCCUUUCA